CGGGAAGACAGAUUUGUGGCGGCUGUGAUGGACUUCGAGCAGUGGUAGUUGUUGCGAACUUGCGAUCGUGUUAUUGACUAUUGAGUGGAUCUGAAAUCUUAAAAUCUUUUUUUUUUUUUUUUUAAAUGUUACAAAAAAAUACUCAAUUGCCACCUAAUUUACAAUAUUUGUUGAUCAGGCUGAUUGAAUGGGUAUUCCCCUCUUGAAACACCCUUUGAUGUACAUCUUCUAAGCUCUAACUAAGUUAAGUUACUUGCAAAAUUACUCCACCAAUAAUCAGUAUCCAUUUGUCCUUUAUCAAGAUUAAAACAAAAUCAACGAAAUCCAAAAGAACAAGUUUGAUCAGAAUUAAAACUUAACAACUCAAAAUCUCUCUCUUGUAUAGAAACAUUGUGUUCUUAGAUUAACAACAAGACUUUCACACGACCUAUUUUCUCUCUCCUUGCCUUUUCAGAUCAUCAACAAAUCAAAAUAAUAUGUCAAAACAAUGUUCAAUUUCCUUCUUCAUCUUCUUCCUCUGAACUUCUGCAACAAAUCUUGAUCAAAUCAAUGGUUGUUGCAGUAGAAGCUCGCAAGUUCAGCCUUCCUUACCUUUCUCUCUCUUCUCCUAAGGUUACUUCCUUUCUUUACGACCCCAAUUCCCUUUCUUUAGCUUUGAUGCAUUCUGACUCUACUUUCUCUCUCUUCCCUUCGUUUUCCCCCUUUUCAAUUUCCAAUUUACCCCCUCCUCAAACCCUAAUUCCCCCUCCUUCUUCUUCUGCUUGUUUUGUGCCUCUUAAUUCUAACCCUAACCCUAAAAUUGUUGAUGGGGUUUUGCCAGAAGAUGAUAAAAGGGUUGUUUUCGUUGCUGCUGGGCCCUACAAUGGUGGGUCUAGGGUUGUUUUGAGAUUUUAUUUGUUGGGUUUUGAUGGGAAAUUUGUGAAUGUACCUCAGGUUGUUUGUAGUCAAAAUGGGGUUAGUUUUGAUAGGAAAUUGGGUGUGAUUGUGGAUGUAAGUCAUGGGAUGAAGGUUAUGAUUUCUGGGUCGAUUAAUUAUUUGGCUUUGUACUCAGCUUCAGGGGGGAAAGUAUGGGUUUUUGGGGUGAAAUUGAUUGGGGAUGGGAGGAGUUUGAGGUUAGUGAAGUGUGCUGUGAUUGAUUGUAGGUUUCCAAUUUCGUCGAUUUGCCUUUCGUUUGGGUUUUUGAUCUUAGGGGAGAUGAGAGGGGUACGGGUUUUUCCAUUGCGUGUAUUGGUGAAAGGGAGGGUUGGGAGUAAAAGGAGGUUGAGAGUAGCGAGAGGGAAGGGUGAGAAUUCGAAUGCUGAGGAGCGGGAGGUUAGUGUGAAAGCCGAGGGGCGGAAUUCCACUGUGCCGAAUGGGGGUAUGAAGCUUGUUGAUGAGAGCAAUGAGAUUGAUAAGAGCAUUGGGAAUUUGAGUUUAUCUAAGGUGUUGCCUAAUGGGUAUGGUAAUAGUGUUCUUGAUGGUGUGUCCUCAAGUUCAUAUUCUGAUGGAACUGUGAAGCCGAGGUCUUUAAAAUUUCGUCAAGACUCUGGUGAAUGGGGAAUGCAGUUUUUUUUGUUCAAUGAUUAUGUCCUUGAAGGGGUUAGUUUCAAAUUGAUGCCGUAUAAGAAAACAAAGGCAAUUUCUAUCCAAGCUAUUUCAAAGGAGAAGUUUCUGAUUCUGGAUUCAAAUGGAGUUGUGCAUGUACUUCAUGUGUCAAACUCUGGCUCUUCUCGAAUGAGACAGUUAUCUUGUACCAUCCAAGUUCAGCAUUUGGCUGCUUUUCCUGAUGCAUCUGCUGAUUCUCCCUCUCUUUGGAUGUCUGAUGGACUUAAUUCUGUGCACGUGAUGGUUAUUCCUAAUUCAGAUACCACAGAAGAGGAAAAUGACAUGAGCAACAAUGAAGGAGAGAUCAUUCAAAGUUCAGUUACCCAAGUGAUAUUUACAAGCGAGAGCGUUCAGGAUAUGGUGCCCUUGGCUGCAAACAGAUUCUUGGUCCUUGGUCAAGAUAGCGUCUGUGCUUAUGGAAUUUCAUGAAGCUUCUUAUGGCAUCUUUUUUUGUGAUGGUGAAUUUGUCUACACGGUCAAAUUUCAAGUCUUUUGAGUAAUGGGCUCUACAAUAGCUUUCUGUUUAGACUGAAUCAAUCAAUGCACUGUUUGUUCCAGUGUCCUUUACAAACCUCUGAUCUGAGCAUCUGACCUUGACUUAAAGUUACAGAAGUAUGAGCUACAGUUGUUAUAUCUUUCUGCUAGUGUGGCCUUCAGGACUGGGUGCUAGUUCAGGGGAAAGAUUAUCUGGUGAUCAGUUGGAUGCCUGGAUAUGGAAAUGGAGCAGAUUCUAAUUCUUUCCACAUACUGAGCCCUUAUUCCUUUGACCAGAAGUGUGCGCAUCUGCUUUUGGAAGUUUACGUAUUACACAAGGCUCGUGGAGAAGAAAGGAAAGGCUUGCCUACGGCUAAAUGCCAAUGAACACCUGUUGGUAAAAUACUUCACAUCUGUUGGCUUGUCGUUGAAGUAGAAGUAUGGGGCUUUGUAACCUUUUGCUGGCAAUUGCUUCAAGGUACUCCUUAAUUUAGAUGAAACUCCAGAUCUAUAGUUGAACCAAUUUUAAGUAGUGGAAGUUUGUAUCUUGCCUCCCUUUGUAUUUGGGGACUCCUUAUUUGUGCUACACCUGAAACAAAGCUUCAUACUUGUUUUAGUUGUAUUGGAUUGUCAUUUUGAUUCUCUAAUGCUCCUUGGUACAUUAAUGUUUAAUUCAACUUUGGCAUAAUUUUUUCUAUAUAUUGCAUCAGAAAGAUUACUUUA